AUGGAAGAAUUAGGUAUCACUCCAUCUAAGGAAAAUAUAGCAGAGGAAAAGCGUGAGUUUAAGUCAUACGGUGACUUAUUGGCAGAAUUGAGCAAUAGUAAUAGUAUUGUGUCUUCUGGUUUGAACAGUGACGUUUACUUAAGAUUAAAAAAAUUGGAAAGAGAACAUGAGUUGCUGACUUUACAAGAAGAUUAUAUUAAGGAUGAACAACGUCAUCUUAAGAGAGAAUUAUUGAGAGCUCAAGAAGAAGUUAAGAGAAUCCAAUCAGUACCUUUAGUUAUUGGACAAUUUUUGGAACCUAUAGAUCAAAAUACUGGUAUUGUAUCUAGUACAACCGGUAUGAAUUAUGUUGUUAGAAUCUUAUCAACUCUUGACCGAGAAUUAUUAAAGCCAUCAAUGUCAGUUGCAUUGCACCGUCAUUCCAACGCAUUGGUUGAUAUAUUACCACCAGACUCCGAUUCCAGCAUAUCAGUGAUGGGUGAGAGUGAGAAGCCAGAUGUCACAUACGCAGACGUUGGUGGUCUGGAUAUGCAAAAACAAGAAAUUAGAGAAGCUGUAGAAUUGCCCCUAACACAGGCUGAUUUAUAUGAACAGAUUGGUAUCGAUCCACCAAGAGGUGUAUUACUAUAUGGUCCUCCCGGUACAGGUAAAACAAUGUUGGUAAAAGCAGUUGCUAAUAGUACAAAGGCAUCAUUUAUUAGAGUUAAUGGUUCUGAGUUUGUUCAUAAAUAUUUAGGUGAGGGUCCAAGAAUGGUUCGUGAUGUAUUUAGAUUAGCCAGAGAAAACGCCCCAUCCAUUAUUUUCAUUGAUGAAGUUGAUUCUAUUGCUACCAAACGUUUUGAUGCUCAAACUGGUUCUGAUCGUGAAGUUCAACGUAUUUUAAUUGAAUUAUUGACUCAAAUGGAUGGUUUCGAUCAAUCGACAAAUGUUAAGGUUAUUAUGGCUACCAAUAGAGCUGACACCCUAGAUCCGGCACUAUUGAGACCAGGUAGAUUAGAUAGAAAGAUUGAAUUCCCAUCUCUUCGUGAUAGACGUGAACGUCGUUUAAUUUUUAGUACAAUAGCGAGUAAGAUGUCUUUGGCUCCAGAAGUUGAUUUGGAUUCUUUAAUUAUUCGUAACGAUUCAUUAUCUGGUGCCGUAAUUGCAGCUAUUAUGCAAGAAGCAGGUCUACAUGCUGUAAGAAAAAAUAGAUAUGUAAUUCUUCAGAGUGAUUUGGAGGAAGCUUAUGCCGCGCAGGUUAAGACUGAUAGUGAUGUUGACAAAUUUGAUUUCUAUAAAUAA